AUGAGUAACGAAUAUCAUGAUGAUCCGUCGUUCCAACCAUGGGGCCCAUUCAUCUCAGAUAAUUACAAGAAUGAGCCCAUCACGAAAGCAGACAUCAUCAUAGCCUCCGUCGUGUGGGGACUGACAUUACUCAAUGUCAUCCUGGCCCUAUGGCUCAUUGUCAAACAAACAAGAGGAUCGCGAUCACCGCUCAGGAGCGUCUACGUCUGGAUGAUAUGGCUGGAACUUAUUGUCUCGUUUACCAUGGGCCUUGAGAGCUUUUUACACUUGCUCAAGUACAUAAGACCAAGCUUCGCGUUUUACUUCACCAUCUUGUUCUGGUGGUGUAUCCAGGUUCAGCUGCUUUUGCAGAUUAUCAUCAACCGUAUCCGUGUCAUCGUGCCUGAUCGACGGCGUUCGAGAUGGAUCAUGAUUAGCACUGCGGUUUUCGUCACUGUUAUCAACAUCAGUGUCUUCAAUGUCUGGAUACCAGCGAGGUUACAAAUCAACUCGAAGUACCACCUCAUCAACGAGUACUGGGACCGGAUUGAAAAGGGUCUCUACCUCCUCGCCGACGCGGCGUUGAACUGGUACUUCCUAAAGACUGUGAAGCAGAACUUGAUCAACAACGGCCUCACAAAGUACAAUAAGCUCGUUCGUUUCAACCAGCAAAUCGUGAUGGUAUCACUUCUUAUGGACGUCAUGAUUAUCGCCGCUAUGUCGAUACCAAAUUCCUUUGUAUACAUCCAAUUCCAUCCUCUCGCCUACCUAGUAAAACUCAACAUCGAAAUGACAAUGGCCAACCUCAUCAAACGCAUCGCAAUCUCGACAUCGCGCAAGACAGGCAUGGCAUCCAUUGCCCACGAGUUCAAGUCCUCGUCCAACCAAUCCACCACCGGUCACCGCACCACCGGCACAAAUCCGCACAAAGCACGGGGUUCGAUUCACGAGCUCGCCAGCUUUGCUUCCUACACCGUCGAUACAAAAGCAAAUGCCGAGCAAGAUGGGCAGCGUGUCAUUAGCUUCGCCCCGACAGGGAACCAAAUCAAGGAGACGAGAGAGGUCAUCGUGCAUACUGAGCCGAACCCGUUUUACGAGCGCAGAGGCUCGGAAGUGGAGAUCACAGCAGGGCACGGAAGGAGACAGUCUCACGGCGUUGUCAUUGAGGAGAGGGGACUAGGCAGGCAGAAGAGUCUAGAGAGUAUAACUGAGGGGAAUGAGAGUAUGAGGAGUGGGUCAGUACCCAAGCGACUGAUAGAGGAUAGCGACGAUGAGGCAGCGCUUGUGCAACAAAAGACUUGGGGAUGGCCGAGGCGGCCGAGUUGA